GGGGGGCUACAGUUCUGCAAACAGAGGAGCAGCAUGCACAGUCAGAGCAUGUGGAGAGUGAGUCUCCUGGUGGUGACCUUGUGUGCCAGCCUGACGCUGGCCCAGUUCCCCCGGGAGUGUGUCACCCCUGCGGGGCUGCUGAGCGGCCAAUGCUGCCCCUCUCUGUCAGGGGUGGCAGGGGAUGAGUGUGGCUCCAGCACAGGACGAGGGCAGUGUGUGAGCAUCGCUGCCGACAACCGCCGCCAUGGACCUCAGUACCCUUAUGCCGGCCGUGACGACAGGGAGAGGUGGCCGCUGAGAUUUUUCAACCGCACUUGCCAGUGCAAUGGGAACUUCACUGGCUACAACUGUGGGCGAUGCAGACAUGGGAUGACCGGACCAAACUGUGAUCAGAGGAUAUCUGUGGUAAGGAGGAAUAUCAUGCAGAUGAGCACAGCUGACAAGCAGGCGUUUGUGAACGCUUUGGACCGAGCUAAGAGAACCAUCCACCCUGACCUGGUCAUCUGCACAAGAAGGUACCAGGAGGUGUUUGGGCCCGAUGGCAACACCCCACAGUUCGAGAACAUCACCAUUUACAACUACUUUGUCUGGAGCCACUACUACUCUGUCAGUAAGACAUACCUGGGGCCGGGACAGACCAGCUUUGGAGGCGUAGACUUCUCCCACGAGGGCCCAGGUUUCGUCACAUGGCAUCGUUUUCAUCUGCUGCAGCUGGAGAGGGACAUGCAGGACAUGCUAAGCGACCCCACCUUCGCCCUCCCCUACUGGAACUUUGCCAUCGGAGGCAGCGAGUGUGACAUCUGCACCGACGACCUGCUGGGAGCCAGGAGCUCAUUCGACAUGAACUCCAUCAGCACCAACUCCGUGUUCUCUCAGUGGAGGGUGAUCUGCGAGAGUGUGGAGGACUACGACACUUUGGGCACCAUCUGCAACAGUACAGAGAGCAGUCCCAUCAGGAGGAACCCUGCGGGCAACGUGGCUCGGCCCAUGGUGCAGAGACUCCCCGAGCCCAAGGAUGUUUUGGACUGUCUGGAGCUCAACACCUUCGACACCCCUCCUUACUACUCCACCUCCUCUGAGAGCUUCAGGAACACCAUUGAAGGCUACAGCGCCCCCCAGGGGAUGUAUGACCCAGUGAUCCGCAGCCUCCACAAUCUGGCCCACCUCUUCCUCAACGGGACAGGUGGACAGACUCACCUGUCGCCCAACGAUCCCAUCUUUGUUCUGCUGCACACCUUCACUGACGCAGUCUUCGACGAGUGGCUCCGCAGGCACCAACCAGGUGAAAUCGUUUACCCCGAGGAGAAUGCUCCUAUUGGACACAACCGCCGCUUCAACAUGGUUCCUUUCUGGCCUCCUGUCACCAAUGCUGAGAUGUUUGUCUCUGCCCCAGAAAACCUGGGAUACUCAUACGAGGUCCAGUGGCCAGCUCGUGCCUUCACCUUGUCUGAGAUCAUCACUGUGGCCGUUGUUGCUGCGGUGCUUGUGGUGGCUGUGGUGGGCGGUGUCAUUGCCUGCGCUGUGCGAGCUCGUUCCUACCGCUCGGCCGAGGCCUUGGAGCCGCUGCUGGGGGAAACUUUCCGACGCUACUCAGAGGAUGACCGCAGGUUGGACAAAUCCCAGUCUGUUGUGUAAACCCACUCUCUUCUAUUGAGGCCUUUAAACUGUCAUGCAUUUGUUUUGUGUUUCUUUUUUAUUCCCCCAUUUGCUCUAAUAAAAUUGAACUGGUUUGGAGCCCAGA